GAAAUAUAUAAAAACGAGCAAUUAUGGACAAUCGCCUUCCUGGUGGAAAACACUUCGUUUGAGUAACCCUGUGUUUUAUUGCUAUGGUGAAUACUCGUUUUUCAUCUUCCCCAAUUUUCGUCAUUGAAUUUAUUGCUUUGACAUUAAAAAUACGCGAAUUUUGUUUGUUUUGAGUUGUGCAUGCUAAUUAUAAGGAAAAUGUGAAGAAAAUUUAAACGACUUUUAUAAAGAAACGUUUAAAAAAAAUUCUAUAAAUGGUGAUCACAAGAAAAAUUCCAUAAGUACUCUUAAAUCUAUAAAAAACGUCCACACUACUGUCAUGCCUGGUGCAUUGACUUCAUACGCCACUUGGAGCCCUACAAUUUCAAACAACCCUAAGGCAAGCAGAAGAUCUUCUGAACAAUAUAAACACCGAUUUCACUAUAAAUAUCAAACACAUCCAAAUCAUAAGCAGUGACCAAUAUGUCUGAAAACAUGGCCUUACGUUGGUUGCGACGUUACAAACUAUUCUUUUUAGUGGGUCUUAUAAUAUUGGGCGUGCAAAUAUUUCUCGCAUACAAGUCUUUAAAUAUAACCAGUUCGAACGUGAUUGCUGCAAAUACAAAUUUAUUUUCGGAAACGACAGCAGCGGCGACGGAAUACAUUAAUUACCAAAAUAAAAAACGUUCGUUAAACAAAGGUAUUGCGAACCAACAAUCUGCCUACGAUAUGGAUGAUUCAAGUGUUGGUUUACAGAAAAAGCAAUUAGUGAAAAUUCCUAAACUUGAGGGAAACAACGUUAAUAUAGGUUCAAAGCAAAACGAACAUUAUGGCAUUCAAGCUGAAUGUAACAUCACCGCCAAAGAAGCUAUAUCUGCAUUGCAAAGAGCCAAAACAAAAGACUGCCGUGAACAGAUUGCUCACAUAGCCUGUGCCAUCCAGGAGGGUAAUUUUUAUGCCCAACAUCUGCCGAACUAUUGUCCCGCUGGUAAUCACACUGCAAAUUUGCCACUUGGCUGCUACCAAGAUGAAAAGGAAUAUCGUCUACUAUCUGGUUAUUUCACAAAUUUCAAAACGACCAAUACUCCACGAAAGUGUACGCGCCUUUGUCUACAAUCUGGUUUCCCCUAUGCAGGCGUGCAAUAUGCUAGUGAAUGCUUUUGCGGAGCAGAUGCGCCGCCCUUAUCAGCUAAACUGCGUGACUCUAGUUGUAACAUGAAAUGCUCUGGUGACAGUAAAGAAAUUUGCGGUGGUUACUUCAGUAUGAAUGUGUACGAAACAGGAAUUGCAAAAUUCACACCACAAAUUGCUGAUAUUAAAAAUCCGCGGCCAGACGUUGAGCGUGUACGAAUUGCAUUUUUACUCACGCUAAACGGACGUGCUCUGCGACAAGUACAUCGUUUAAUUAAAACGCUCUACUCGCCCGAACAUGUGUUCUAUAUACAUGUGGAUGCGCGUCAAUCAUAUCUGUAUCGUAAGCUGCUCGAACUGGAAUCCAAGUUUUCUAAUAUACGCUUAGGUCGCAAACGCUUCUCCACCAUCUGGGGUGGAGCGUCCUUGCUGACAAUGCUAAUGCAGUGUAUGGAGGAUCUUUUAGCCUCAGAGUGGCGAUGGGAUUUCAUCAUAAAUCUUAGUGAAAGUGAUUUUCCUGUUAAAACCGUACACCAACUUGUAACUUUCCUUACGGCGAAUAGGGAUCACAACUUUGUAAAAAGUCAUGGUCGUGAAACUCAACGAUUCGUUCAAAAACAAGGAUUAGAUAAGACCUUUGUCGAAUGUGAUACGCAUAUGUGGCGAAUAGGUGACCGAGAGUUGCCGAAUGGCAUACAAAUCGAUGGUGGCAGUGAUUGGAUUGCACUGUCACGACCAUUUGUACAGUACGUGAUUACUGAAUCCGCACAUGAUCCACUAUUACAGGGCCUUCUCCGUAUUUUCCGACAUACAUUACUACCAGCUGAAUCUUUCUUCCACACAGUGCUACGCAAUACGCGUUUCUGCAAUACAUAUAUAGAUAACAACCUGCAUGUGACCAAUUGGAAGCGAAAACUUGGCUGCAAAUGCCAAUAUAAGCAUGUCGUCGAUUGGUGUGGUUGUAGUCCAAAUGACUUUAAACCGGAAGACUGGCCACGCCUACAGGGUACUGAAAAUAAAAUGCUAUUUUUUGCACGCAAAUUUGAGCCAAUCAUAAAUCAAGCCGUGCUAGUGCAAUUAGAAGAGUGGCUCUUUGGCGCAGCCAGCAAUGAAGUUGUCAAUUUACAUAGUUAUUGGCAGUCAUUGUACGACAGCGCUGAUCCCCAUAAAAGUGGUGAUGAUUUACUACGUACCAUCGGCGAAAGUUUGGUACGAAUCGCAUCGCAACAUACACGUACACAGCCAGGACGACUUUUAGAGUUAACACACUAUUUACACAAAGAUGAAUAUAAAGGUUUCCUAAUGCGUUACGAGCUUGAAGACAAUACACACAACCGUACAUACGCGCUUGAAACACGUAUACGGCCCGCUGUUUAUGUGAAAUAUGCUAAAAAUUCUAAAUUAGCAAAGAGAUUGCGCAAUUUCGAAGUUUCAUCUGAUUUCGAUCUAAAGGAGCAGGUCUCACGUAAUUUCGCUAAAAUGCUUGGACCCUACACUGAGCUUGUAGUGAGUUUUACGCUCACUGGUGCUAGUGUGUCGGCGCAUAAUGAUGCCGCUCAUUCAUAUAAUCUCACACUCUUAUGGAUCGAUCCGCUCGGACGUUUGCAGGACUUUAACGAACUGCAUAUAGAAGACUCACAAACCGACGCUAUAAAUUACUCUAAAGCUGUGCUGAAUCAGCCCAUUAUGCCCGGCAUUUGGACAGCCAAAUUAAUUGGACGCACCGCCAUUUAUGCGCAAACCAAAUUUCUCGUUGUGCCAUUAACAUUAGCCGCAGGCAAACCUAUUAAGCCGGAGCGUGCGAAAAUAGUGAAUGGGGGUGCCGAGUCAUCGCUGUCAGCUACAUUUGAAAUGCCUGCUGAAUGGCGGCAAUAUUUGCCUGCACCGUUAGAUGAACAACGCCUUGGUAAGGAGCGCGCCAAAGCGCAGCGUUACGGUGAUGAACUCAACGCUUGGGCGGAUGAUUUAAUUAGCAAAUUCUUUUUCUUUCGUGAGUCAUGCGCUGUGGAUGGGCAGGCGCUGCAAAUGAAAUUCGGUGAAAAGGAGCCGUUGCAUUUAUGUCGUGAGACACCUUGGAGUUCACUGGCAGAAGAUCCGAAAAGUGAUGUUUAUGCUUUGCUCAAGAGUUGAUGAAUGGAUGAUGUGCUGGCGUUAAUUUAAGAUGUUUUUAUUUAUAUGUAUGUAUUAUAAUAUUUUGCAUUUAAAAUACGUAUUUAUUUUAUGUAUCUGCGUACAUACAUUUGUAUGUGUGUGCAUAUAAAAUAUGUACACUUGUAUUUAUAGUAAUUUGUUAUUGGUCGCCCCAUCUAUGCUGUAAGCCAAAUAUCAUACGUUUUCGUCCAAUUCAUAACCAACCAAAGUUUUAUAUGUUGUAUGUACGUACGUACAUACAUAUGUAUUUGCCAAACAAUUGUUUAUUGAGCGUUCAUUAUGUAAAUUACUAUUACGAUUUUGCUAUUUUAAAUUCGGUCAAUAGGUAUAAAAUAAUUAUUUAUUUUGUUAAAGCAACAACAAACAUG